AUGACAGCAGUUGCUCUCGAAAAUGCUGAAAUUAACCAAACUGAUAUCGUUAUUCCUAUUGAAAUGAAAGAUUACAUGGAUCAAGAUAAUGUUAUUCAAAUAUUCAAAUCUUAUCACUUAACAAAUGCACAACAUUUAACACGUAUAACCUCGACUGUAAAGAAAGGAUCUGUAAUGUUUAUUUUUGGCGAACUUAUUUUGGUUGAUGAAACUUUCAUUAUUCAUCUUCGAAGUAUAAACUUCUCUGAACACCAAAAACUGUCUGUUACUGUAAAAAAUCCAUCUAACCUUCCUUGGCAAAUUGAAGCUCCUACAAAUAAAUCCGAUACAGUUGAGAAUGUAUCUCAAACUAUAGCUAUAUGA